AUGAUGAUGUCAGAAGGAGUUAAAAAAGGUGCAAAUAUUCGCGUGACGACGUAUAACGUGCUCUCGUCGCACCUGGCGGAACCGACGUAUUUCACGUCGUGCGAUCCGAAAAACUUAGACGCGCUCGUUCGGUUAGAGCGAGUGCAAAAGAAGUUAUCUGUUGAGAUGGAGAAGAGAUCUAUCAUUGGGUUGCAAGAGGUGAGCAUGACGUGGUCGGGACCGUUGCACGCGUUUUUCGCCAAUAGGGGGUACCACGUCGUCUCGCACUUGUACGGGAAGCCGUUUAAUAAUUACAUGGGAGUUUUGUUGGCGAUACCGUUGGAUACGUACGAGUUAUCGAGAGUGGAUGUACAGAGGUUGUCGGAUUGCGCGAAGUGGCCGAGGAAACCGAAGGAUUUGGAGGAGAAAGGCGUGGUGAAGAGGUACGUGGUGGAUCCGAUUGUUAGGAUGUGGAGGGCGGCGAGGAACGCGAGGCCGCAGUAUCCUCCGCAAGACGAUUGGGAGUUGGCGAAAGGGAGGUUUAAUUCUAUCGUGUAUGCGAACGUGACGCACAAGCAGACCGGGGUAUCGUUGGGCGUGUCCACGUAUCACAUGCCGUGCAUGUUUAGGAACCCGAAAGUUAUGACUUUACACAGCGCGUUGGCGGCGACGUAUACGAUGCGAGAGAGCGAGAAAGACGGAACGAAAAAUUCAAUUUUGAUGGGCGAUUUUAACGUCAAACCAAUCGACGGGUCGUACGAGUUGUUAACCACGAAUAACUUGGAUGAAAACGACGUGUUUUACCCGAUACCGUACGAAGGAACGGAGUACAUCGUGGAGCCACCGGCGAGAAUGGUGAGUUGUUACAAAGAAGUCAACGGCGAAGAGCCGGAUUUCACAAACUACGCCAAGAUUAAAGACGACGAGCCGUUCAUCGAUACUUUAGAUUAUAUUUUCGUGACGGAAAACAUUCGCGUGGACGCGGUGGCGCCACUGAAACAUAGAGACGAGGUGACGGACGGGCCGUACCCGAGCGAGAAUGAACCGAGCGAUCACGUGUUGUUGGCGGCGGACGUCACGGUGUUUUAA